AUGGCUUACAAAGACGCAGCAAGACGUCAAAUCACUCUGGCUUUCAGCGCCUUUAUGCUCGUCUACAAUGCCACCUUCCUCUUCUGCAUAGCCUAUCUCCACGACGAGCUGCCCUCGGGCAUAGGCGAGUCCCUCAUCCUCUACUUCUGCGUCGCCGCCGUCGUGUGCCUGCUUGGCCUAGUCGGCACUAUCAAGCAAUCCCAAACGUGCGUUGAUAUCUUUGCCAACCAUGUGCUGCUCGACGCCAUCCUCAUGACCGUCCCGCGCGUCAUCUUCUGCGCCUUCCUGUCGAGCCUGCCCGGCACCCUGUGCGAGCCUUCCGACUUCCCCAACCCCUUCCGGCCCCCGACCAGCCCCAGCCUGCCCUCGUCGGCCGGCGGCCGCAACGCCAACAGCCCGCGUGCCACCAGCCCGGACCGCUGCUUCGUCGUCAUGAACACGCUGAUGGGCCUCGCUGCUUUCCUGGCCGUGGCCAGCGGCGCCGCCCAGUGGAGCGUCGCCUUGCGGGUGCGCGAGUUCGCCAAGUCGCUGAACACUGACGGCCAGGACGGCCGUGACGAUGUGGAGGAGAAGGCCGGUGCUGGCCUGGAGGACGGGCGUGUCCCGGAGGUGACGUACGUGGACGAGAAGAAGGGCGCCGUUGCGAUGGCAUGA